UCCAUCACUUUGUUUAGUCCCUCAGUUCUCAGCUGAAAGCACCAAACCAGAGCAAAAAUGGCAGCAGAGAUGGCCCUCGUGAAACCCAUCUCUAAGUUUAGCACCCCGAAAUUUGGGAGCCCAAGACCAACAUUCUCUUCCUUCAAAUUCACUACCGUUAAAAUGUCGGCCACUGCACAGCCAACCAGCCCAAAGCCAACCAAGAAGAAAGCUAACAAAACUGCCAUUAAAGAGACUCUCUUGACACCAAGAUUCUACACCACCGAUUUUGAUGAGAUGGAAACCCUUUUCAAUACUGAAAUCAACAAGAAUCUCAACCAAUCUGAAUUUGAAGCACUGCUUCAAGAAUUCAAGACUGAUUAUAAUCAGACCCACUUUGUCAGGAACAAGGAGUUUAAGGAAGCUGCUGAUAAGAUAGAAGGGCCUUUGAGACAGAUCUUUGUUGAAUUCUUGGAAAGGUCUUGCACCGCUGAGUUCUCUGGUUUCCUUCUUUACAAAGAGCUUGGAAGGAGACUCAAGAAAACCAAUCCAGUGGUAGCAGAGAUUUUCUCUUUAAUGUCUAGGGAUGAAGCUAGGCAUGCUGGAUUUUUGAACAAGGGUUUGUCUGAUUUCAAUCUGGCAUUGGACUUGGGGUUCUUGACAAAAGCUAGAAAAUACACUUUCUUCAAGCCAAAGUUCAUUUUCUAUGCUACAUAUCUAUCUGAAAAAAUUGGAUACUGGAGAUACAUAACCAUUUAUAGACAUCUGAAGGAAAAUCCAGAGUACCAGUGUUAUCCCAUUUUCAAGUACUUUGAGAAUUGGUGCCAAGAUGAGAACAGGCAUGGAGAUUUCUUCUCUGCAUUGAUGAAGGCGCAGCCCCAAUUCCUCAAUGAUUGGAAAGCUAAGUUGUGGUCUAGAUUCUUCUGCUUAUCGGUCUAUGUGACAAUGUACCUCAAUGAUUGCCAGCGAACAGCUUUCUAUGAGGGUAUUGGAUUAGACACCAAAGAAUUCGAUAUGCAUGUUAUUAUUGAGACAAACCGUACAACUGCUAGAAUCUUCCCAGCAGUACUGGAUGUUGAGAAUCCUGAGUUCAAGAGGAAGUUGGACCGAAUGGUUGAGAUUAAUGAGAAGCUGCUUGCUGUUGGGGAGACCGAAGACAUUCCGUUAGUGAAGAACUUGAAGAGGAUUCCACUUGUUGCAGCUUUGGUUUCUGAAAUCUUUGCUGCUUAUAUGAUGCCACCAAUUGAAUCUGGAUCUGUUGAUUUUGCAGACUUUGAAACACAACUGGUUUACUGAUAUUUUUUUUUUCUUUUCAUUUUUGUUGUACAAGUUCCAAUUUUCACUUCCAUCUUCAGCUUUAGUAGGGUGUCUCAUGUAAUAUUGCAAAAUUUUAGCAUAUGAAACUGAGGAAAAAUUAUCAUCUUAAGUGUAUGCUUGCUUCCUGUGUAGAUUAAACAAGAAAAACCAUUGACAAUGC